AUGGAGGUGGUUCCUUCUCCCUCACCGACGGUGUUGGAAGACCCACCACUGGUCCCCCAAGCGGAGGCGAAAGUAGCGAACAUCGAUGAAGUAGUGGACAUAUGGGACGACUGCCACCUUUACGAACACAGGCUGCUCACCUACCGCAGCUCCCUUCCGCGACACGCCCUCACCCCCCUCGCUGACCAGCAAUCUCAAGAAGAUGACGAAAAUCGAGAAGUUGCAGAGGCAUCGAAGAUCGAUCCAACGUCAUCCACGUCUGCUACUGGAGGCGACGACCACCAAGAGCUGCAGCCGGCUCGGGAGGACGUGGGGGAGCUGCUGACGAUAGAACUGUACCAGCACCAGACCUCCUUCCGAGCACUCAACACCGUUGGGCUCACCGUGUGGAAGAGUAGCGUGGCGCUGGCGCGGUUUCUGGAGGAGCUGUGGCGGCAGGAGGGACCCUCCUUCCUGGUGGGGAAGCGCGUCAUCGAACUAGGAUCUGGUUGCGGCUUGACGGGCAUCCUUGCCACUCUUCUCGGUGGGCACACGACGUUCACGGACAUGGAGAGCGUGUUGCUGUGGACCAAUAGGAACGUGGAGCACAACCUGGACCCCUUCAAACACACCUACAGGCUCAAGGAGCUGCACUGGGGCAGAACGGAGCUGGCCGCCUUUCAGCCGGGAUUCGACAUCGUCCUCGGCGCCGACCUCAUCUACUCGCCUAAGGUGGUGAUGGCACUUCUCAACACGCUCCACGGAGUGUCGCGACCCGACAGUCGAGUGCUGGUGGCCUUUGAGAACCACAACCCCACCGCUACCAAGUUGUUCCUCGCUCACCUUCCUCGAUACUUCGACACUGUCCUGCGAAAAGACGACAUUGAGUCGGUGGAAGGCGAUGCCUUCCAGAACUUCCUCCACGACUACAGCGACGACACCGACAGCGACUACGACAGCGACUGA